CGUGAUUCCGUCCUGCGUGUCUGUUCUCAGGAGCAGCAGGCAGUUUCCUCCGUCCGACUUCUCUCACACCGAAGUGUGCACCUCCACCUCAUGGAAGACUCGAUGGACAUGGACAUGAGCCCUCUUAGGCCACAGAACUACCUUUUCGGUUGUGAACUAAAUGCUGACAAAGAUUACCACUUUAAGGUGGAUAAUGAUGAGAAUGAACACCAGUUGUCACUAAGAACGGUUAGUUUAGGGGCAGGAGCAAAAGAUGAAUUACACAUCGUAGAGGCAGAAGCAAUGAACUAUGAAGGCAGUCCAAUUAAAGUAACACUGGCAACUUUGAAAAUGUCUGUACAACCAACAGUUUCCCUUGGGGGCUUUGAAAUUACACCACCUGUGGUCUUACGGUUGAAGUGUGGUUCAGGGCCUGUGCACAUUAGUGGACAGCACCUAGUAGCUGUAGAGGAGGAUGCCGAGUCAGAAGAUGAAGAUGAGGAGGAUGUGAAACUCUUAAGUAUGUCUGGCAAGCGGUCUGCUCCUGGAGGUGGUAGCAAGGUUCCACAGAAAAAAGUAAAAAUUGAUGAAGAUGAGGAAGAGGAUGAUGAGGACGAUGAGGAUGAUGAUGAUGAUGAUGAUUUUGAUGAUGAAGAAGCUGAAGAAAAAGUUCCAGUGAAGAAAUCUGUACGAGAUACCCCAGCCAAAAAUGCACAAAAAUCAAACCAAAAUGGAAAAGACUUAAAACCGUCAACACCAAGAUCAAAAGGUCAAGAGUCCUUCAAAAAACAGGAAAAAACUCCUAAAACCCCAAAAGGACCUAGUUCUGUAGAAGACAUUAAGGCAAAAAUGCAAGCAAGUAUAGAAAAAGCGCAUUGAACAGUCCUGGGCACUACUGGUAAAUUAAGCCCAAAGAUGGGGAAAGAGGAAAAGGAGAAACAAAUAUAGCCCAUACUGAGUACCAUCAACAAUCCAGACUGAAGUCUUCUAUUUUAAUCUCAAUCCCCUUUCCUGAUUGGCCAUCCAUUUCCCCCCUUGCACGUUGGAAGCAAUCUUUUGUUUUCCUAAAGCAUUUUUCUUUCACUCUGUGAUACAGACUUUACUGCUUUCUA